GUCCGUCAUGACAGCCAGCAGAAGCUCAGUAGUGUGGAGUAAGAAGACACUCGAGUCUAUUUAAACGGACCGCCGGCUCGUCACCGCUUAUUCUUAACCUCGUGCGUUGAAAUGGUGAUCUUAUCUAAGGAACUACAACCAAACGGCUCGCUCUGCCUCCUCUCCGGCUGAUUAUUAGUCGCCGUUGCGCAGUCAAUGUUAUUAAGCGUGUUUGCGCUCGCGUUAGUGCGCGCAGAUCAUUUCUCUCUCGGCAGACCACUAGAGGUGGACUCUCCGUCAGUCUGUUUACACUGACGACGCCUUAAAUUAAACCUUUAUAUCCAUAACCGACCACAGAAGGACACUGACACCAUGUUUGAAACCAGAGGAAUUCCCUUUAUAUUGCUUGACAUUGCGUGCCUAAUACUCGGUGGCAGCAGCCAUUCAUCAACAUUGGAAACCAGCCCUUGCAUUUGAUUGUUGGACUCCCAUUUGCAAUACUCACAAUACAGCACAAAUCAUUCAAACGAGGAUUUUUCUGUAACGAUGACUCUAUCAUCUACCCAUAUAAAGAAGACACCAUUUCCUAUCAGUUAUUAGGAGGAGUAAUGAUUCCUAUCACUGUGCUUACUAUGAUCAUAGGGGAGUGCCUUUCAGUCUAUCUAAACCGUGUCAAAUCAAAGUCUUUGUGCAACAGUUAUGUGGCCUGUAUCUAUAAGGCCAUUGGCACCUUCUUGUUUGGUGCCGCCAUGAGCCAAUCACUCACUGAUAUUGCCAAGUAUUCCAUCGGCCGGCUGCGGCCACACUUCCUGGAUGUGUGCAAACCGGACUGGACGCAGAUCAACUGCACAGGAGGGGCUUACAUUGAGGACUUCGUCUGCACUGGGGAGUCAACCAAGGUCAAUGAGGGAAGACUCUCGUUUUACUCGGGACACUCCUCAUUCUCCAUGUACUGUAUGCUGUUCCUGGCACUUUAUCUUCAAGCAAGAAUGGUAGCUGAAUGGGCACGGCUCCUUCGCCCCACACUCCAGUUCUUCCUGAUCGCCGCCUCCGUCUAUACGGGACUGUCUCGUGUCUCAGACUACAAACACCACUGGAGUGAUGUACUCGCAGGACUCAUACAAGGAGCCAUCGUGGCUUUACUAGUGGUUUUCUUUGUGUCGGAUUUCUUCAAAAAGAAAGUAGAACCACAGAAGGAGGCAGAGAUCCCACACACCACCUUACAAGAGACACCCACGAAUGGAAAUCAUUAUGAAAACCCAAACUAAGCUAUGAUGAGCCUCUGUGGAUGGGAAGGGGUUUCAGUGUACACCCACUAUGAGGGCAGACCACUAGGGUGGAAACCUAUGAAUGUAACCUUGCUUUCCAUGUUCUCCAGACGCCCCUUUCUGGGGAUCUCUCUAUGGACGCUG